AUGUCUUGUAGUGUUAUGACUCGCAAGGACACUACGGAAAUUCUGUUCGAAGCAACCCUCUAUGUUGAUGGCAUGCCUCAAUAUGACCUCGUACGACAUGGAACUCGAGUCAAUAUCCAAGAUCAAACGGCUGUAGAUUCCGAUGAAGAUGCCUCCUCCCAGGACUCUGCAAACUCAUCUCAUCGUAUCGAAUUCGACCCUAUGCACGCAACUUUGCCUAGUAGCACGGAUCGCACGAUCCUACCCUUCGUUAGCGACCUACACAUCAGUGAUCGAGUUGUAGACAAGGAGGGGGUGGAAUGGCGAGCACUGUCCCAAAACAACCAGCGCAUCCACAAUCUCGAAACCAGACUCACAGUCGUCAUGACUCUGACUGACAACAUCGACGCCUCGCAAAGAAGAACUUCUGGAAAUGCAGAUACCACUGGCAAUGACACACAACCUAUCCUGCUGCCUGCAACAGAUGGCGGUGCCCACGGUUACCGCCUUCCGAGAUUCCGCGCUCAGACACGAAUGCGACCUCGUGCACCCGCUCUUUUGAGCGAGAUAACGCCGCAGCGAGAUAGUACUCCUGCAGCCCUUCCAUGCAAUACCGCAGUCCACCCGGUCGCCACUGUGAAUAGGAUUCAUACCAAUGGAUCACACAUCGAUAGCGAAAGUGUUCAUAGUUCCAUGUCUGAUACCACGAUACAUGGCACGAAGCCAAAUGAUCCCUCAGCUUACGCCUCGACACCGCAUAAUUCUGAGUAG